AUGUCGGCGGACGAGAAACCACCCAGUGAGCAGCGGAUACCAGACAUCACCGAUAUGGAAAAGUACCCAGUGGCCGAGAAAAUCCUCCCAGGGUCGCGGCUGGAGCAUUUGGAGGACCCGGAUGAGGGAUUGGACGAGGAAGAAAAGGCAAAAAUCGAUCGAGCUUUACUCUGGAAGCUCGACGUCCGAUUGAUCCCGUGGCUCAGUUUGCUGUAUCUGAUCUCCUUCCUCGAUCGCACCAAUAUCGGCAACGCCAAGAUCGCGGGUUUGCAGGAAGAUCUCCGCAUGUCGAACGGGCAGUACAAUGCCUCCCUGACGAUCUUCUUUGUGUCCUACUCCAUCUUCGAGCCAUUGACCAAUAUCCUCCUGAAGCGGAUGCGCCCCAGCGUCUUUAUCCCCAUUAUUAUGGUAUCCUGGGGGAUCUGCAUGACGUGUAUGGGCCUGGUCAAGAAUUUCUCCGGUCUGAUGGCGGUGAGGUGGUUCCUCGGCUUGAGCGAAGCUGGCCUGUUCCCCGGGAUCGGGUACUUCCUCUCGUGCUGGUACAAGCGGUCGGAAUUCGGGGUGCGCAUGGCCAUCUUCUUCUCGGCCGCAGCCCUCGCGGGAUCCUUUGGCGGUCUUCUUGCUGCCGCGAUUGCCCUGAUGGAUGGGGUCGGGGGGAAGCCCGGCUGGUCGUGGAUCUUUAUUCUGGAAGGCUUGGUGACCGUCGUGGUCGGCAUCUUAUCGUUCUGGAUGGUCUUUGACUUUCCCGAUGAAGCCAAGUUCCUGGAAGAAGCCGAUCGCAAGCGGGUGAUCUACCGGCUGGCACGCGAUCAACAGGCCAGCGCCGGCCAUGAGAAAUUCGAAAUGACCUAUUUCUGGAGCAGCCUUAAGGAUUGGAAAACCUAUACCGGGGCAGUCAUCUAUAUGGGGGCCGAUGGGGCCUUGUACGCCUUCUCGUUGUUUACCCCGACCAUUAUCAAUCAACUAGUAGGGUAUAAAGCCAUCCACGCGCAGCUUCUGAGUGUGCCCCCAUACGCCGCCGCGACGGUGGUCACCAUCGCUGUGGGGUUCAUUGCGGACCGGACGCGGCAGCGGGGGAUCUGUAAUAUCCUCGUCUCGCUGGUGGGCAUCGUGGGCUUCUCCAUGCUGCUGGGAGCCAAAUCCGCAGGCGCACGAUAUGCCGGAACCUUUCUGGGUGCCAUGGGCAUCUAUCCGGCCAUUUCCAACACAAUCUCCUGGGCCAGCAAUAAUACCGAGGGCGUCUACAAACGAGGCGUCACGUUGGGCAUCGUGAUCGGCUGGGGAAAUCUGAAUGGUAUCGUCUCCUCGAACAUAUACCGUGGGGAUGACGCUCCGGAUUUCUAUCCCGGUCAUGGAACUGUUUUGGCCUACCUGGUUCUGUUCUUGUUCGGGGGCUCGGUGGUGCAGUAUAUUCUCCUGCGACGAGAAAAUGCCAAGCGUCGACGGGGGGAUCGCGAUCGCUGGGUACAAGGCCUGGAUCCGAGGCAGAUCGACCUCCUAGGCGACAAGAGGCCCGACUUUUUGUACACAUUGUGA